AUGUCUAUCUAUGCACAGGCCAGCCGCAGUCAGCCACGACUCCGACUCCGACAACGAAAGGGAGGAGCACCACCGCGCGGGCCUCCACCACAACUCAACGCCCACCUCGGCUUCAUCCGCGACAUCAUCGAGAAGCCCAUCUCGUCGGCCCCCACCGCCCCCGUCCUGCCGCCAAACGCCACAUCCACCGGCUUCCCAGCACACAAGAAGCGUGGCGGCCCAUCAAAGUUCCGUCAGCGCGCCCAGCAGGACCUCGAAGCACAGCGGCGGCGACAAGCAGCAGCCCCUCCUCCGCCACCACCGCCACCACCACCACCUGCAUCUGCGUCGCAGGAGGAUGGUGGGCCGACGCGGACAGAGCGGCAACGCAUCAGCGACGAGAACGACCAACGCAUUGCAGCCAUGAGCGCCGAGGAGAUUGACGAUGAGCGGCAGGAGCUCCUCAAGGCGCUCUCGCCGGCGCUGAUCGAGCGCCUGCUGAAGAAGUCGGCGCUGGACCACGGCGCCGUGCACGGCUCCUUCAAGGGCGCCGACGACGAAACAGAGACGACACAUGAACCCCACCCGCAACCCGAGACCCCCAAACCCGCUGCUCCCCCCCCCCCACCCACAUCCAAGAAGGUCAGCUUCGACCCCACGCCCACCGUCACAGACACCACCGACGACGCCCUCCCCCCCCCACCCACGUGCACUUCCCCCGUCCCCCCCCACCCCACCGACGACCUCGACCCCAGCGACCCAGACUUCUUCACCCACCUGCACACCAAAUACUUCCCCACCCUGCCCCCGGACCCCUCCAAGCUCGCCUGGAUGCACGCCCCCACGCCCUCCGAAGACCUCUCCUACCACCCCUCGCAGCCCUCCCUCCCCGUGUCCGCGCUGCGCUUCGACUUCCGCGGCGACCUCCUCCCGCCGCGCACAUCGCGCGAGCUGCCGUCCAACCUCGGACUACACCACCACGCAGACGCGCCAAAUGCCGCGGGGUACACGGUUCCCGAGCUGGCAAGGCUGGCACGGAGCGCGUUCCCGACGCAGCGGUGCAUGGCGAUGCAGAUGCUCGGCAGGAUCUUGUAUAAGCUGGGCAAGGGCGUGUAUGGCGUGGAGGAGAUCACGCAGGGGCUGUGGAGGUGCAUGGAGGAGGGGAGGGUCAUUGCCGGGUUGGAGGAGGCCGCCGCGGGGAGGAUGGGCGGCCAUUUGAGUGUCAAGGCGUAUGCGACGGAUGCGUUGUGGUUGUGGCAGAAGGGGGGGGGCAUCGGUGGAAGGCGGAGUAGGGGGAGGGGGGGUGUUGUUACUUAA